UUCAUUUUUCAUAAUAAAAAAAAUAUUGUUGAAAAGUAUUUAUACACAACAAAAGGAAAUACUCGUACUCCCUUAGAACAAAUUAGUGCAUGGUUUGUGUGAGUCCAUGGCUAACACAACCACAAAAUUCUUACUACUAAUUCCUACUUUUCUUCUAAUAAUCUUCUUCUAUUCAUCUUUCUUGAACCAAAAUCACUUCAACUCUAAUCCGACCUCUAACAAGAAGCUUUCGGAUCCGCCAUCAAAUCUACCCGUAAACAUUAGCAAUGAACCUAAUGGUCACGUCCGUCACAACAUCUCAUUUUCUACCAUACUAGAAAAGGAGGAGAAAGAGAAGGAGAAGGAGAAGAAGAAGAAAAGUAGUUUGGAGAAGAUUGAGGAAGGGUUGGCUCGGGCUCGGGCAGCAAUCCGAGAAGCUGCCCGGAGUCGGAAUUAUACGUUUAAGGAACAAGUAACAACUUUCAUACCAAGAGGAUCCGUUUACAGGAAUCAACAUGCUUUUUAUCAGAGCCACAUAGAGAUGAUAAAAAGAUUCAAAAUAUGGACGUAUAGAGAAGGGGAACAACCCUUGGUGCAUCUUGCACCUUUAAACAACAUAUAUGGCAUAGAAGGGCAAUUCAUCGACGAAAUAGAGGGUAAGAUGAGUUCAAACAAGUUCGCGGCUCACCAACCUGACGAGGCACACGUCUUCUUUCUUCCUUUUAGUGUAGCCAACACGGUGGAUUUCCUUUAUCGGCCCCUCAUCUCCUACAACCGUGGACCUCUAUAUAGGGUGGCUUUGGACUAUGUCAAUGUGGUGGUUGAGAAGUAUCCUUAUUGGAAUAGAAGUCAUGGAGCAGAUCAUUUCAUGCUCUCUUGCCAUGAUUGGGCACCAAGUGUCUCAUAUGCCAAUCCAAAAUUGUUCAACAAUCUUAUAAGAGCACUUUGUAACGCCAAUUCUUCAGAAGGAUUCCUACCAAUAAGAGAUGUCUCCAUCCCGGAAGUGAACAUACCACCUAGAAAACUAAAUCCAUCAAGCUUCGGGUUGCGAAUAAGCCAACGAAACAUCUUUGCAUUUUUCGCUGGUCGUACUCACGGGCAUGUAAGGAAAUACCUAUUCGAGCAAUGGAAGGAUAAGAAGGAUGAAGACAUCCGAGUUUUCGAGUAUGUUCCCAAAAACCUAAACUACUUCAAAAUGUUAGGGCAAAGCAAGUAUUGCUUGUGCCCUAGUGGUUAUGAAGUCGCAAGUCCAAGGAUAGUUGAAGCUAUACAUGCAGAAUGUAUACCAGUGAUUAUCAAAGAUAAUUACUCUUUCCCUUUUAAUGAUGUUCUUGAUUGGAGUAAAUUUUCAAUCCAUAUUCCAGUGGCUAGAAUUCCUGAGAUUAAGACAAUUUUGAAAGGUAUUUCAACUAGAAAAUAUUUGAAGUUGGUUAAAGGAGUAAGGAGUGUAAAGUGGCACUUUACAUUGAAUAGGCCUUCUAAGCCAUUUGAUUUAAUUCAUAUGGUGUUACAUUCUAUAUGGUUAAGGAGGCUUGAUAUAAGAUUACCGUAUCAAUAAUAUUUUUGAGAUUCGCAUCAAAUAUAAUUGACUGUAUAACAUUUGUAUUAA